ACACAACAAAAAACAAUGGCGCAGCAGUGAUUAUCUGAUUCUCGAACGGAGGUAUCAUUCUCAAACAUCGUAGGGGGCAGCACCGUGUGACCCGCUGGAAGAGCAGCUGGCUUUUUGGGCGCACUUUACUUAAAGUGACUUCUGCUGUUCGAGGGGACCUGACGUUCUCGUUUAACAGUCGACGGGCUUACUUUUUAUGACCACCCCUCGUUUGUUUUCGUUCGUCCAGUGUGAGUUGUGUGGCUGAUCUGAUGCAACUUGCCGCACGGUUCGACAUGCAACUCGUUACCUGGAGACGCCAGGCAACAGCUUCAACGCACGGCAGCCUCGAUGCAGGAAGCGAACGCGAAAUACAUAAUUUCGGAUCCGGAUAAAGACACCAAUUUAAAAUCCUGCCAUCUCGAGUGUAUUGUCUUCUGUUCUCUGUUUCGGGUGCAAAUAAAAGUACCGAAGCUGUUAAGAAAACGGACCAAGGCUCGCUUCGUUCACGUGAUCCAGCAUGCCCUCCGCCACACCGUACACGACUGUGUAGUCCCCUGUCUCCAUUAAUCGCUUUUCCCAUGUGAAGUGAAGGAAAUGUCUUCUUCGUGGAUGAAUUCUUGAUGCUGAGGCACGGGAUGUGUUGAUAAGCAAGCUGGACAGGUCUUCCGGUUUCGGACAGCGAUCAUGUGGUCCGGCUCCGUAACACAAGCACGCCUGACACUUCACCCUACAAGAAGCAACGGCAUCCGUGUUUCUUAUGCCAUCUCAUUGUCAUUUCCUUGGAAAUUAGGAGUGCAACGCCUUUAUCCGAAUGAUUACCAGGCGCAAAGGCGUUGGUGAGGAGCAGUACAACCACCCCGGCGCAAAAGUUUCAGCCCCUUUUACUCCCGUGUUACUAGUUUGCUACCACUCCGCGUUGUCCGUUUUGACCGUCUUGCUGGCAGUUGUUUUUCAACUUAAGAAUUUCGCUUGUCUCCUUGUUUUCACUCUAGCCUGCCAUCCGCUUGUUGGCGGGUCUGCUCGUGGUCUUUGUCCCUUGUCGCUCGGCUUUCUCAUUGAAGGCACCGGCGCAGGCACUAACGCCACCCUGUAUUCAUAAUUCUAAGAUUGCUGCGACUCGUGGGAACCAUUCUCGUCUUCCUAGCUUUGCGUCUCCAGCUGGGACUCAAGCUGACGAUGGCUCGACUAUGUUGAACGGUUGCCUGUGACUGGAUUGACCACCAUAAUAUACCAUCCUGCAAUUUGUUCGCUUCCUAUUGCCCAUUGCUUCCAGAAUGGGUUUGCAACAGGUUCUUGUUUCAAGCUCGGUGAGUGGGUUUCUGGUUGGGUCGAUCUGCACGCCUUUCGAUGUAGUGAAGAAUUUUUGGCAGUUUAACCCAGCUUGCGAGGCGAAUCGAGCGAAUUUGACAUCGUCCCACGUCGUCCGUGUGCUGUACCGACAGCAUGGUCUCACCGGCUUUUGGCGAGGUGUUGUUCCCGCGUACGCGACGAUUAUUCCUGCAAAUGUGACCUUCUUUUUCGCAUAUGAGCGCCGCCGCCCGGACGAGAGCCCAGCGUGGGCGGGCAUCAAAGCCCGGGCAGCAGCAGUUGUCGUGACAGCACCGAUGGAGCUAGUUAGAACAAGAAUGCAGGCCUCCAUAGGUAUGCCGGGGCAAUGUCAGACCAUUCGUCAGGUGCUUGGCCAGUUGAUCCAGCUGGGCGGAGUUUUCAGCCUCUGGAAGGGCGUUCUUCCGACACUCGUCCGAGACUUACCUUUUUCGGCAAUCUACUGGCAAACGGCUGAAUAUAUGAAAGCUUGGGGAGACAGCUUCAUCGCCAGGAAUGCCAACCCCUUGACAACUUUCCAUUCAUCAGAUAUGCCAACGCACUCGAGGCAGAGGGAUGGCAGGUCUCUCUCUGUUCGUGACACACCGGGCGCUUCCAGUUCCUUGUCUCCCUCUUCACCUGCUGCAGCGGCCUCCUGCUCACACUCGUCUUCUGCUUCGAAGGCACAUUUGCCUGCCAUCUUUUCCAGCUCUCUUUAUCAGUCCUUCGUCUUUCCUUUCUUCUCUGGUGCAGUUGCGUCCGCCAUCGCAUGCGUGGUAACGCACCCGUUUGACGUUCUCAAGACCAAUGUCCAGGCCGGGUGUCAGCAAAUAGAACCUCACGCCCGGAAAAUGGGGUACAUUCACCUUGUUUCUCGGGGAUUCGUUGAUGUUGCCAAGACAGUGUAUGCACAGCAAGGUUUGCAGGGAUUUACCGUCGGUUUGACCCCCCGUCUUUUGAAGAUUGUGCCGUCAUGCGCAGUCCUCCUAGCAUCUUACGAAGUCACAAAGUACCUGUAUAGUCAAUCUCUGCUUGACUCAAUGUGAAGAGGGGGCAUCGAAUGAAGCAACAAAUUUAUCAACCCGAGACGCCACGCACGCGCUGCAAAGACGGAUAAGACUUUAGACACUGGAUUGAAACAGAAACCUGGCGGACGAACGUUUUACAGUCCUCUACGACUUUGCUGGAAACAAAGCAAGAGCCAGCAUGAGUAUCGAUUUUUCUUCGUUUCCUUCCUCGUAAUGUCCGUUUUUCUUUUUUACUUCUGCUCUUUCUUGGUCCACGUCGUUCCGUUGACCACUGUUCUACUACGCCGGUAUUUAACCGUAUCUUCGAGUGGCGUGUCUGCAGCGAAACUGAGGUUCAUGUGCACCAUCAGUGCUGCUUUUUUGGCUCUUGAUUUUUCCAUCUUAGUGGUUUCUUUUGCAACGAUUUUGCCACACUUGUGGCGACGACUGAGACAGCCUCGCUUCAAAAGGUAUCUUUUCUGACGGCCCCGAAAUAUCCUGCUGAGCAUGAAAUAUUCUUUCGUGCCAGUUGGUCAUUAGCUUCGUGUCGCUCGUUUCGGAGAGCGGAAGGGACGUGUCGUCUAAAAUUUGUAACUGCCUGCCCUUGAUGUACCACCCUUUUCGUUCAUUCACGAAUGCCAACGGUUAUCCUGGCGAACGAAAGUAGAGUAGUGUGUGCCUUCCACCUCGGCUCUUGUACUCGCACCACAGUGACGUAGACCAGACUUGAGGCUCUGUGAAGAUGCUAUAGACUGGGGACGCAGCCUUCUCACCCACUGCUUCAAUUUACACGCUG